AUGGAGGAAUACACUAAUAAUAAUAAUAAUAAUAAUAAUAAUAAUCACCCGAGUCAAAGUCCAAGGGAAAAUUUCUUGUAUUCUUCUUUGGCUGGUUCAAGCGUUGGAAACCGCCAUCAUCAACUUCCCAUCAACACCUUUCAUCUUCAAUCGGGUGGAUCGGUUCACUCCGAUCAAAUACCACAUCCUACUGUGAAAACCGAGUCCAACAACUCGCAGCUUCACUCUCCGAUUUUCCACUAUCCUUUAUUGAGAGGAAAUCUUCACCACACGCUGCAUCCUCAUCAUCCAAGUCAGCAAGGAGGGACUCGGAGCUCUAACGAAGUUGAAUCCAUAAAAGCGAAAAUCAUUGCUCAUCCUCAAUACUCCAAUCUUUUACAAGUUUACAUGGAUUGCCAUAAGGUAGGAGCUCCGGCAGAAGUGGUGGCGCGUUUGGCUGCGGCUCGACAGGAUUUUGAGGCACGGCAGCGAUCUUCGGUUAGUUCAAGGGAAACUUCUAAGGACCCAGAACUUGACCAAUUCAUGGAAGCUUACUAUGACAUGCUUGUGAAGUAUCGAGAGGAAUUAACAAGGCCUAUACAAGAGGCCAUGGAUUUCAUGCGGAGGAUAGAAACUCAGCUGAACAUGCUUUGCAAUGAACCAGUGCGGAUCUUCUCUGAUGAUAAAUGUGAAGGCGUUGGUUCAUCGGAAGACGAUCAAGACAACAGUGGUGGAGAAACAGAACUUGCUGAAAUCGAUCCGAGGACAGAAGAUCGUGAACUCAAAAACCACUUGCUCAAGAAGUAUAGUGGUUACUUAAGUAGCCUUAAGCAAGAACUUUCAAAGAAAAAGAAAAAAGGAAAACUGCCUAAAGAUGCAAGGCAAAAGCUACUUAGCUGGUGGGAAUUACAUUACAAAUGGCCAUAUCCUUCGGAAUCAGAGAAGGUGGCGUUGGCUGAAUCAACUGGUUUGGACCAGAAGCAAAUAAAUAACUGGUUCAUUAACCAAAGGAAGCGGCACUGGAAACCCUCUGAAGACAUGCAAUUUAUGGUCAUGGAUGGCUUGCAUCCGCAGAAUGCAACUGUCUAUAUGGAUGGCCAAUACAUGCCUGAUGGGCAUUACCGCAUAGGGCCAUAA